AUGCAAUCCCGACAAAUCAGAACUUCUCCGGACUCUCCAUUCGUACUCGCUCGUCACGCCGUCGACGGCGUUCCGAAAUACAUACUUCCAACGGAUCCCAACCACGGACAGCGUUGCAUAGAACCUCACCGCUUGAUGCGCACUCCAGGAGACACGGCCAAACGCUACGUCCCCAAACCCUCGGGUAUAAACGCCCCGAACGCAGCAAUUCGUGAUCGGCCGAUGGCAAUCAACCCUCAAACGAUGGAAUUGUCAAAGGACUUUAUCAAAAAAUUCUGCGACACUUGCGCAGACCUUCGAUCCCAGGAUGCUUUCUGCUGGGAAGACGCCGUACACGCUCACGCCUUGCGAGGGGGUGUCCCUUUCGACUACGUAUACCCCAAAACUGUCGAAGCCAUCGAGCACCACCUUAAUGGAAUUCACGGUCCUCAAUUCGCAGCAAGCCUCGGAUUGGACCUCGAUACCGCCAAACGGAUUUCAACUAUGAAUAUUAUUCGGCUUCGUAACAAACAGUUGUGGUCUAUGAAUGGUCAUCAGAAAGGUGGAUACCUUCCUAUGGGAAACGCGUUCUUCGCUUCGCGUGUGAUGGUGGAUAGCUUUGGCUGUUGCGGAGCAGAGCCUCCUAUGUUGGUUGUUCAGCAAACAUCAGAUCCCUCGAACCGUCUCUUGUUGGUUGAUGGUGAUAGACGUUGA